CCUUCCUUCGUUCCCAGAACAGAGUGUGAUAAUAGUAAGACAGAGCACCUACUCACUCGUAAAUGGCGAGGAAGAAGAUCAGAGAGUACCACUCCAAGAGGCUUCUCAAGGAGCAUCUCAAACGUCUCGCCUCUAUCGACCUCCAAAUCCUCUCAGCUCAGGUUUCAAUUCACCAACUUUUUAACAUGUCUGUUCUGUUCUGUUCUGUUCUGAACUUGGAUUCUUCGCAGGUGACAGAAUCUACGGAUUUCACUGAGCUGACAGACCAGCAUCCAUGGCUUUCGUCAACCAGAUUGGUCGUCAAGCCAGACAUGCUGUUCGGGAAGCGCGGCAAGAGUGGCUUAGUUGCUCUCAAUUUAGACAUAGCUCAAGUCGCCGAGUUCGUCAAAGCACGCCUCGGCGUUGAGGUUGAGAUGGGAGGUUGCAAGGCGCCUAUAACCACUUUUAUUGUCGAACCGUUUGUUCCUCACGACCAAGAGUUUUAUCUGUCUAUUGUUUCUGAAAGGCUUGGCUCCACUAUCAGCUUCUCCGAAUGUGGCGGCAUUGAAAUUGAAGAGAAUUGGGAUAAGGUCAAAACUAUAUUCCUUCCGACGGAAAAACCAUUGACUCCGGAGGCAUGUGCGCCAUUGAUUGCUAUACUUCCUUUGGAGAUUAGGGGGACAAUUGGCGAUUUCAUAAUGGGUGUGUUUGCUGUCUUCAAAGAUCUGGACUUCAGUUUUUUAGAGAUGAAUCCAUUUACACUGGUGAAUGAAAAGCCAUAUCCACUGGAUAUGAGAGGGGAAUUGGAUGACACUGCCGCAUUCAAGAACUUCAACAAGUGGGGUAAUAUAGAAUUUCCAUUGCCUUUUGGAAGAAUUCUGAGCCCUACAGAAAGCUUCAUUCAUUCCUUGGAUGAUAAGACAAGUGCAUCAUUGAAAUUUACUAUAUUGAAUCCGAAAGGACGCAUAUGGACAAUGGUAGCAGGAGGUGGUGCAAGUGUAAUUUAUGCUGAUACGGUUGGAGAUUUAGGCUAUGCAUCAGAGCUUGGAAACUAUGCUGAGUAUAGUGGAGCUCCGAAUGAGGAGGAGGUGUUGCAGUAUGCAAGAGUUGUAAUUGAUUGUGCUACUGAAGACCCCGAUGGCCGUAAGAGAGCCCUUCUUAUUGGAGGUGGCAUAGCAAACUUCACUGAUGUUGCUGCCACAUUCAACGGGAUUAUUCGAGCCCUGAAAGAGAAGGAAUCAAAGCUUAAAGCAGCGCAAAUGCACAUAUAUGUCAGAAGAGGUGGUCCAAACUACCAGACUGGUUUGGCAAAGAUGCGUGCAUUGGGGGAGGAGUUGGGAGUACCAAUUCAGGUUUAUGGACCGGAGGCCACGAUGACGGGUAUCUGCAAACAAGCUAUUGAUUGCAUCAUGUCCGAAGCAUAAAGAAGAUUAAUUUUUGUCUCAUCAUGUUUCAUUUGUGAAACUAAUUUGGUGGUGUUUUGAUGGAUAUAUUGAUAUAAGUCCAUAAUCUGAACCAAAGCAAAGAGUAAUAAGGUGAAGAUGAUAGAUGUUACAAGCCUGAAACUGUUAAAUUCUUAUCUUUUCUUCCUAUUGUGAUUUUAUUGUUAUAUUUUGACUAAACAUUAUAAAAAUCCCCAAUAGUAUCCGUGAAAAAUGUAAUCUUAGUUGGCGAUUUUUCCUUAAAGUGUUGAGUUCCAUAUUUGAUUCUC